AUGAUAAAUCUCAAUGACAAUUUAAAUUUAGAAGAUGAAUUUGAUGGACUCGCAAUUGAGAAACUAUCAGGUAUUAAAAGAUCUGCUUUAUAAUCUCGAGAUGUUCAUGAUUGGUUUAAGAAAAGGUUUAUUAGUUUUUUGUAAUUUCAGAUAUAAUGAUAAAGUGAAAAAGAAAUAUUUGUAUUUCCCUGAAGAGAUAAAACAAUAGUUGGAAGUUAAGAAUUAUCUUCUAAAAUUUCGACCAAAACAAAUCAAGUACCGAAGUUAAAGUUAACUUAGACAAUUUGGAUAUGAGUGAGUU